AUGGCGUUCACUGCCCUCCGCUCAUCCCGUCUGUUCCGACCAGCCAUGGUUUCCCGUCUUCCCGGCUCCCGCCAGAUUUCCUUCUCCUCAUACCUGGUCACUCCGAAGGAACUCAAUGAGGCUCUGAAAAAGAACCCUCCCACUAAAAUCUCCACUUCGCCACGAGUCAUUCCACUGUGUGCAGCAUGGUUUAUGCCAAAUGAUCCUGAGGGCCGGACAGGUAUUGACUCCUUCCGCAAGUCGCGCAUUCCGCAAGCCCGGUUCUUCGACCUUGACGGCGUUAAAGACCCGGACUCGCCGUAUCCGCAUAUGUUACCAACAUGCGAGACAUUCGCAGAGGCAAUGAGUGAGCUUGGAAUUCGUCGUGAUGAUGAGGUGGUGGUGUACGAUACUGCCGAGGUGGGUAUCUUCAGUGCCCCGCGUGUGGGCUGGACCCUGCGCGUCUUCGGUCACCCCAAUGUUCACAUUUUGAAUAACUACCGCCUUUGGACUCGCGAGGGGUUUCCGACGGAAAGUGGGGAGCCUGCUUCCGUCGAGAAGAGCAAGUACCCUGUCCCGACCUAUGAUUCGAAGCUGGUGAUCUCCUUCCGUGAGAUGAAGGAGCUGGCAUUAGACUAUGGCAAGGAGGGCGCAGAGGAAGUGGAGAUCUUGGAUGCUCGUUCUUAUGGUCGCUGGGCUGGAAUCGACCCCGAGCCACGACCGGGUCUUUCAUCGGGCCAUAUCCCUGGAUCUAAGAGCUUGGCUUUCCAGGAUUUGUUGGACCCAGAGACCAAGGCUUACCGAUCUCCCGAGGAACUGCGCAAGGUCUUUGAGGAGCGCAAGGUUGAUCCUUCCCUGUCAAUUAUCAGCUCUUGUGGCACUGGUGUUACGGCGACAAUUAUCGAAACUGCCUUAGGUCAGGCUGAAUACGGGGAUGCCAAUCUCCGUCGGGUCUACGAUGGUAGUUGGACUGAAUGGGCGCAGCGGGUGAAGGAAUCUGAUGGUCUCAUUAAGAAAGUGAAGCAAUAG